AUGCCUGAACCAGCAAAGCCCGCGCCCAAGAAGGGCUCAAAGAAAGCCGUCACCAAGAGCGCCGCCAAGAGUGGAAAGAAGCGCAGGAGGUCCAGGAAGGAGAGCUACGCCAUCUACGUGUACAAAGUCCUGAAGCAGGUUCAUCCCGACACCGGCAUUUCUUCAAAGGCGAUGGGCAUCAUGAACUCUUUCGUCAACGACAUCUUUGAGCGCAUCGCCGGUGAGUCUUCUCGUCUCGCUCACUACAACAAGCGCUCCACCAUCACCUCGAGAGAGAUCCAGACCGCCGUGCGUCUCCUGCUGCCCGGUGAACUCGCCAAACACGCCGUGUCUGAGGGAACAAAGGCCGUCACCAAAUACACGAGCUCCAAGUAAAGCUGAAAGUACCCAAUCUAAACCCAAAGGCUCUUUUAAGAGCCACCCACUGUUUCUAGAAAAGAGCUUUUGUUUUUUGUGGAAUCUAAAUGUCUGUAUAAUUUUUAUAUAUAAAACGUG